UCGUUCUCGAAGGGGUUUAGAGGGCACCGAACCUGUGGCACUCUCGAGCGCAUCGCUGAGACGAGGAGAGACGCGACAUUUGAGUCUUACACUCGAUUCUGAGCGGAUUUGACAGUUCGCACCGGAGCAGCAAUGGCGGCAGCAUCCGUGGCGCUUUCUUCUGUGGUACAAACCCCAUCUCUCUGUAAUGGAAGAGACUCUCGCGCCUCGGGGCAGGAGGCCACGACGAGCGCUGUGAGCUUCAGCUCCAGGACUGUGUACACGUCCUUGUCGUCCCUUCUUCCUUCGGUUUUCCAGGCGAAGAAUUUCUCUGGCUAUUCCAAGAGCCGCGCCAAGUACGCCAGGAACGUCGUGAAGGCAGCUGCCUCCUCAGCCAGAUCCGACGAAGAAAUCAGAGAGUUUUGUCUGAAGCAAUUCUCCGCGCGCAAGGCUCUGAAGGUUAUUGCAGGAUUGCAUAACUUUGACCGCAAGAGCGUUGCGGAUGUCGUGAUUGCCGCUGAGAAGGGAGGUGCUACGCAUGUGGACAUUGCAUGCGAUGCGGAUCUUGUAAGAUUGGCUGCCAGUCUGACCAGCCUUCCGAUUUGUGUUUCUUCGGUGAUCCCCGAAGCUUUCGUAGCUGCCGUCCACGCUGGAGCGCACAUGGUCGAAAUUGGAAACUAUGAUGGAUUUUACAAGAGUGGAAGAGUAUUCUCAGCAGAGGAGGUUUUGGAUCUCACGAGGAGGACGAGGAGUUUGCUUCCAAAAGUUGUCCUUUCUGUGACUGUCCCUCACACCUUGCCUCUAGACGAGCAGGUUAGCCUUGCAGAGAAGCUUGAGACAGCAGGUGCAGACUUGAUUCAGACUGAAGGCGGUACAAGCUCUGCCCCUUCCGCUCCUGGUGUUCAUGGUCUCAUUGAGAAGGCUGCUCCAACUUUGGCUGCGGCGUGGUCAAUUUCACGGGCAGUGAAGGUUCCAGUGAUAUGUGCUUCCGGUUUGAGUGAUGUAACUUCACCUAUGGCUAUCACUGCCGGUGCUGCUGGUGUGGGUAUUGGGUCGGCCGUGAACAAGCUCAACGACCAAUUGGCAAUGAUUGCUGCUGUCCGCAGUAUAGCCGAUUCAUUGGGGUUACCUGCGAGGUCCAACACCCUUUUGUCGUCAAUGGUCGCUCAUUGACAUAUUCCAAUUGUAGAACAUAAUGUGCCGCUAAAGAAAUUUAUGAUCAUUGACAACUUCAAAGGGAUGAGGUGGAACGUGGCUGUCAUGGUGAAUUGACCACGGCAGUGCCAUUCAGUUCGACUUCAAGAGUUAAAGAAAGAGAAAUGUGGUUCUCAGAGAUCCUAGUUUCGACUCUGACAUCAUGAGAAAGAUCAUGGGAAGUAGUCUGCCUUGUAAUCUGUUCAGCGGUGCUCUAUGCUCAAUCGGCACAUUUCUUACACUUCACUUUGUUUAUAUGUUUUCCAUGAUCCGAAAUAAACUUUUUCGUGUUACGAGUAGGAUGUUUAGAACGUUUAUGCAAAAUCUGUAUGUCGAGUCAGAAGUGAGUAAAAUUGUCUCAUCAUACUUGAGUAGUUUGGAUGGAAUCAAGUGCACUGUAGGUAGUAAGCUAUUAAUGUACUUGGAUGGGCUUUCGCGAGUCAUCCUUGCUAGUCAUGACGAUAUUCAGUCGAAUCAAGAUAUUCGAGCGGCAUGGCUUGCUCUACACUCUCUACGUAAACUGUUACAUUUCCCGUUCUGUUUACGGGUAAAAGAAAUGACUGUGGUUUAGUGCGUAAGUCCGACAGCUUUGCCGGAAAAUUUAGAGCGACGCUUGACAGAUGAGAACAGGAGGAGGCUAGUAAAAUAUUUCUCCGUUCACUACCAGUAAUGUCAACGAAAAUAGUAUGAAGGGGAGGCUGGGUGAUAUACCUUGUAGAGAAAUGUUUAUCAAUUACGACUUAUUUCAAGAA